AUGCUGCCAUUCUUUUAUUUCUUCUUGUUCUCUAAUGUCGCGUUAGGUUCGUUGGGAAGAUGGGAGGGUUAUCUGCCGUGGAAGAAGAACUUCUGGGAACGCGACGUUGAGCCGACCUGCUCGUGUAACGACCCUCUUGCCGCUGAGUGGGCGUCAAACAAAGUCUUCUCUGACGCUGCCUCCUCCGCUGCGACCCCGAUCGGUUAUUACGAGGCAUUCAGCAAUGGACAAACAUGGAACUCAGGAGAUGGAUUUCUCGGCCAUACGACACUUGACGAGUAUGAUAGCAGCAUAUGCGCCGCGAUUUGUGACAGCAUGGAUGAGUGCUCCUCUUUCCAGAUCUACUUCGAGAAGCAAGUCGGCGGAGUCGCUCCUUCUAUCAAGUGUUCUUUCUCCGCUGGAUCCAUUACGGUCAGCCACACGAACGGUGCCAACGCUGUGAUUGCGGGAAACAACGGCUACACAAAUAGUACACUUACUACCCCUGAAGGAUUCGAUGUCCCAACCUUCCUAGCAGACUCCGCUAUUCAUCCACCACCAGAGUCUGGCUCAUUCAUUGGCUCCGAAAUCUUCUAUGGCUCUUUCGAUACCGCGAACUGCGCGAGUGCAUGUAGUGCGGUUGACUGCAAGUUUUUCAACACCUAUGUCGUCUCUAAAAAUGGUGUAAACCAAGGCCAAUAUUGCGAUUUGUACUCUCAACCAUACGGACCAGAAUACGCGACAGAGACUGGUAGCUCAGACGGGGAGACAACCUAUUCCAUCUCACACAGUUUCACUUGUGGCUGGGCAGGGGAUAAACGUGGUGAGGACCGAACCAACACUGGGUCUGAUGGCGCCUCUGCGACUAUCCCUGUUGGCGGUGGUAGCAAAGACGCUUCUUGGGAAGAUCAUCAUCCAUGGCACGGAAGCAGCCCUCCCACAGACGGGCCUGGCAGCGGUGAUAGUGGGAGCUCCACCAGCUCAAAGGGAUCCACCACUUCUGGCUCUUCCGCUGGCAGAGAUGGAGGUCACACAGUCCCCGUCGACCCAACUCAUACAUCAUCGCGCGGCAUGGUCAUUCUGGAGCCGGUCCAGGCGUUCCGUCUUAUAGUACGACAACGAAGCCAUCUACAACAGAAAAGCCAGGGAACGGUCUGGGAGGUUCAACUACUCCUGCUGAUACUUCAACUUUGA